AUGUCUCGUACACGAUUCCCACCUACUCCUGCUAUGUCAGGAGAAUUCGUUAUUAAAGACAAACCCAUCGAUACCACAGAUUCCUUCGCUCUACCUCCAGCGGCUCUAAGCCCCUCCAAGCAGGAUAUCUCCAGUCGACGAUCAUCUCGAUCAGAUCCAACAUAUGUCCCAGCAUCUCCAACAUCCCCGAAUCUCAUGGCUCGAAACAAAGCCCCACAACAGUCUCGGUCGGGUACAGCCUCAAAACGUCCCCUAGAGGACUUUGAUCUACCCCCACCACCAACCCGAACACGCAAGAUCAUUCAGAUGAAGCCCAAGUCACAACCUGCGGCCAAGUCACCGGCAAAGCCCAAAGAAACCACAAAGCCUUCAGCUGGUCAGACAUCACCGGAAUCAGUCAAUAAGGAUGGUGCUGCUUCGAAGAAGAAGCAGCCCAGUGCUACAAGUGCCGCGGGUCGUAAAAUCGCUCGUAAGACCGCUCACAGUCUAAUUGAGCGACGACGACGGUCGAAGAUGAAUGAGGAGUUUGGAACAUUGAAGGAUAUGAUUCCUGCCUGUAGAGGGCAGGAGAUGCAUAAAUUGGCUAUUCUUCAGGCCAGUAUUGACUAUGUCAACUACUUAGAGCGAUGCAUAUCAGACCUCAAAACGGCAGGCACAACCCGAAACACUGCACCACCUUCCCCGACAUCCCCGGAGUUCCUUGCCACAGCCACAGAGGAGUCAGUUCCACAGAUGCCUCAAAGACCGCCUUCCUCAGCCUAUUCCUACUCCACCUCUACAUCACCGGAGCUCAUGCCCGGCAGUGCAAUGAUCUCUGAUACCUCCCCCUCCUUCUCUCCUCGCACACGAAUGCCCUCAGUUCAUACUCUGCCUGAUCUUGCAUCUACUCUGCCUAGCCCGGCAUUGGGUCCCAUACAUCAGUCUAUGGACAAGCUCCAUGAACUCCAGGGGAUUGAUCAUGAGGCUUCUGCUGCUUUGCUCAUGCUUACGCGGGAUCGAAGGGGCACGGCUGACUCUAUCAAUGAGCAUUUUGCCAGUGCAUCUCUUGUUCCUCCUCAAGAUGAUAGAUCAGGCGUUGAGGGUCAACGGCGGAAGGGAAUGAGUGUGCGGGAUCUGCUCAUUUCAUGA